AAUUUGAAUUAACACAAAUCUGAACUGUUGUCACCAGGAUCAAAUACCAAUUGAAAUAUGACGAGCAGUAUAUUUUUCUGUAUUCUAUGUACAUAUGUUAUGCUGGUCUUAUGUGUUUCCACAGUAUCUGGUGACGAAUGUUGCAAAGAAUACACAGUUCGAAGUGGUAGAAAAAUCGAUGCUAAGUGGUGUCCCCGGUACUGUUGUUAUGAUACCAUUUAUCAUGACUACACAUGCUGUGAAGAUGAGUCCAAAAGAGCUCUAUCUGACCAUAGGGAAGAAUUCUGCAGCAAGUGGUGGUCAGCUCAUGUGUACGUCCCUGUUCUGGUUGGUGUAGCUGUGUUUGGCAGUCUUGUUAUUGCAUGUAGUUGUAUCUGCUGUUGUGGAAUGUCAAGUGGACAGUCCAGUGGAUCAAAUAUUGCUUCCAAAUUUAGAAAGUAAUGGAUCAACAAUAACAGGAAUACCUCACAAGUUCAAGACGGAUUUGACGAUCAUCACAUUUUUUUCAAGGAACAUCAUAAUCUAUAUUUCUGAAUAAAGGAUGUGUAUUUUGCAACUCUGAAAUAUGAUUAGUAUUGUAAAUAUAUUUUGCUAGUUUGGAAUAUAAUUUUGUUGAAAA